GGGCGGGGCGCUUUACGCGGAAGCCGGUGGCGUCGGGUCCCAACCUCCUCCGGGAGCGGGCAGUCGGUGGUCCACCUCUGGCUUACGCCGCUCGAUUCUGAGCCUACGCGCUCUUAGGGGGUGCCCGGACAGAAUUUUAGGUGAUGAUGCCAAGAAUUUGAAUUUUUAACAGUGACUGUCACUCUCCCACCCAAGAGAACUCGUUCACCUAUAGUUUAAGAACCACUGGCCUGUUGGAUGGAACUGAACAUGUUAAGAAAUAACAUUGAGUUGAAGAGUUAGUAGAAGAAUAGGAAGAUUGAAGCCAUGGCCAUUCUUUUUGCAGUCGUUGCCAGGGGAACGACUAUCCUUGCCAAACAUGCUUGGUGUGGAGGAAACUUCCUGGAGGUGACAGAGCAGAUUCUGGCUAAGAUACCUUCUGAAAAUAACAAACUAACGUACUCACAUGGCAAUUAUUUGUUUCAUUACAUCUGCCAAGACAGGAUUGUAUAUCUUUGUAUCACUGAUGAUGAUUUUGAACGUUCUCGAGCAUUUAAUUUUCUGAAUGAGAUAAAGAAGAGGUUCCAGACUACAUAUGGUUCAAGAGCUCAGACAGCACUCCCAUAUGCCAUGAAUAGCGAGUUCUCAAGUGUCUUGGCUGCACAGUUGAAGCAUCACUCUGAGAAUAAGGGCAUAGACAAAGUGGUGGAGACUCAAGCCCAAGUGGAUGAACUGAAAGGAAUCAUGGUCAGAAACAUAGAUCUGGUAGCUCAGCGAGGAGAAAGAUUGGAAUUAUUGAUAGAUAAAACAGAAAAUCUUGUGGAUUCGUCUGUCACCUUCAAAACAACCAGCAGAAAUCUUGCACGAGCCAUGUGUAUGAAGAAUCUCAAACUCACUAUCAUCAUCAUCAUCGUUUCAGUCGUGUUCAUCUAUAUCAUUGUGUCACCUCUCUGUGGUGGAUUUACAUGGCCAAGCUGUGUGAAGAAAUAAAAAAAAAAAGUUGUCUUUAACCAAGGAUAUGAAACAACAAGGAGUUAAAAGCAAUCCAUGUGACUCAAGCCUUUGAAUGCUGACAGAUGGUGUCUGCCAGUCUCUUCAGCUGUCUUCUGUUUCUUUUUUUUUUUAAUCUUGUUGUAUUUGUCCAGAUUUAUCUUUGUCCAGUUUAUUCUAGUGCACUUCAGAUUUAACCAUUUAUUGCAGCAGUACCCUUAAAAAGGCUUUUGUUUCUUUAGUUUGUUAAUUAGAGUCAUCUAUUUAGAGAAACAGUUUUAUUUGUAAUUGCACAAAGCUAUCACCAAGGUAGAAACCACCAGUCUUAUGAGCUGUCUACUAAGACUUUGGAUGAACUUUGUAUUCCAGAGACAGAGAGCAUCGCUAACAUCUCAUCUUUUGCUAUUGAAGAGUUUUAGGUGCUUGAAAACAAUUUAAAUGGAAAAUCGUUAUUUGGGGAAUUGUAAAUAAUUUGUUGGUGCUGCUUGUUUCUAGGAGCCCAUGCAGGUAAAGUUUUAAACAUUUUCUGUCAGUCAUAUGGGGAACAUUUUGCUAGCCCAUUAGAAAUAUACAGAAUUAACCUUUUCCUUCUAGUAUUCACUUUCAGGAAGAAACUUUUGACCUUUCACAAACCUUACAGAGCAUGAUAUCCUUUCUUUCCCUCAUUGCACUUGAUUUGAAAAGACGAUGGCUUAAAUAUUGUUGAAGAUUGUGGUUUUUUAUAUACUUCUUUCUUUUUGGUGGAUAUUUAGGGCAAUUGUAUAGUUAACAGAACAGGUAGUGGAUGAGGUGGUGAGGCAAAUUCUUCUGGCUCACCAGAGAAAAAUAAGACAACCACGGUGGAUAUACUAGUGUUUUAGGUAUAUAAGGGAGAGGUAGUAUGGGACAUUUUUUUCCAGUCUGGGCAAAGCCCAAACUGAAUAUAGUCAACAGUCAACUCUAGGGUUUGGGUUUGACUUCUGUUGAAUAAUAGUUUCAGUAUCCUUUAUGGAUUAAUAAAUUCUAUGAUCUAACUGUCUUUGAAGAAUUCUUUUGUGAAACUGGAGAGUAGACAGUAUGAUAUGUAGAAAUAAUACCAGACAGUUUUUAACAUCCAUUUAACUGCAGUGUGGGAAAACUGGAGUGUAAUCAUACUGCUUUGGCUACACUGGCAUCUGUUACCUAUUAACGUACUUUUGGUGUGUAUCUGAAAGGAUAUUUGCUGCCCUAAAUCAUUUAUUUAUCAAUAAAUGCCAGUAAGUGGAGAUUAUAUUACAUUUGACUAUUUUCCAAAUGAAAGAGCAAAGUUGUCUAUAAAACCUAGCCACCUGUGUAAUCCUAGUCAUGUGCCUUGAAUACAUAUGUGUCUCAUAAUCUGGCUCUUGCUACCUGUUCUUCCAUCUAAACCUUUUGAUUCAUGCUACUAGACUCAUUUCUUUGACAUAUACUUUAGGCCCACUGGAACUCUUUUCUUGAUGACCACACAUGGCGCAAAUGUUUCUUGGUCUUCUUUAUCAACACUAAUGCCUUUUAAUUAUAUCAGCAUUUCCUAUUGGAAAACACUUUUGUUCCAGGAAAACAUUUGGCAUUCUUCAGUAAUAAUUUCCAAAUGUCUUUAAUCCAAAGAAGAAGACUUAAAGCUUAUUUCCCUUUCUUAUACACACCUGAAUAAAAAUGAUGUGCAUGUUUUAGUGAUAAAUUACUUAACUGUUCAUUUGUCUAUUUAUGUAUAAGAAUGCUUUUUAAAGCACAUAUCUUGUUUUAAAUGACGCACAAACUGAAGGCAUUAAUAAAAUUUAAGAGUAAUGUAAUGA